AGGACAGACGAUGCGUACGUAAUAAGCCAUUUCGGUUGCGGGCCGUUUAAUCGUCGUUUAAUCGAUCUUGAGCGGACCCACAACGGAUUGGUUUCUGAUACGUGUCUGCGUGCGCGCUGACCGGCCCCCAAAAACGCUUUCCCACAAAUGCGAAUGCACCUUUUCGGCCGCGGGCUAUGCCUUUGUUGUAUCUCCCGCGAAUAUUGAUCUCAGUGUGCAGCCAGUUCACCCACAGCAGGAAGAAGCCCUGUCAAGAUCUCCGACCAGAAUGGGGAGUCGAUACUGGGAAAAAUUAGUUGUUGAUCUCGUAGCUUUUUCUAUGAACACAACUUCCUCUGCCGGAGUGUACAGAUCGCCUUGUAUUUAUACCCAUCCAUUUUCAACCGAGUCUUAAAACCACCCCUCUCUCCCCAGCCUAUCCAGUGCUCAAGAAAUCAUGACACCGCUCUCGUCUGUAUCUGACGCUCGCGGAACUGAACAGUCCUUUGACAAAGCCAAGAAACACUUAUGGGCUUCCGACUCACCGAGACACGAAAUGAGCGGUUUUAAUAGAUACUCCGAACAGCCACGCUGCUCACGCCCUGAGGUGGAACAGGGUUCCAGCGACCAUGACGAGUGCCAAUCGAACUCACAUGGCGAUCCGUCAACUUCUCAGCGGCGAUCGGAGCGAAAAGGAUGUAUACAGCCUUCGUCUUCCCGGAGCAGCCCGUACACCUUGCCGCCGCUCUCCCGCGAAAGAACACAUGAUCGAGAUGUUCGUCCUUUACCUUCUCGAUUCACAAAGUUCAUGGACCACUCGCCGAGACAGGAUGGGCAGCUCAGGCGCUCAGCUUGCACAGACUUGGAGACCUACCACGACAGUCGGCAACAACGACCUGUCUCCUUGUCGGUUUUCAACUCGCCGACGGCGACGUACGCUUGGGAACGCUAUGAACCUGAAUCUCAGAUACCCUAUCCACGCCCCCUCUAUGUCGAUUACGUUGGCCGAAGUUCCACGCGGUCGGCAUCGUCAAGCUCCAUCUCCAGCUUGCGCGAUUCUCCUGGCAUGCCCUCCCCGGCGCUAUCUGACCGCAGCAUCUCCACGCCUACUUUACUCCCCCAAAAACGGAGAAGCUCGUCCCCAGCUGGACAUUAUCCUUACCACGCAUCUUCUGUUACGAAGAUCAUGGAGCCGCUGAGACAUGUAAACAUUGAAGUUGAUCAUCGCCGGCCUCCUGUUUUCUCCAGGCCUAACCAGCGAACGCUUAUUCCUCCUGAAAUGAUCAGCAGCCCACCUUUGCACAGAUCUCAAUCUGAUCGCCAUGUUUCGGCGAAACACAGCAUUCCAAGUGACGGUGAUGAGCGUCACCGCCAACACGAGGACAGUCCUUGUGGUAGUGAUUCUAGUGAUCAAUCACACGUUACUCGCCCAACAAUACCACCGAAGUCAGACUCAGAGGAGUGGGAGAAGUACGCUUGUUUUACGCUGGAUGGUACAGCACGGAAAUGGCUGUGCACCUGGCUGACAGAAUCAGGCGGACAAUGCAAAUAUAUGUCAAAGAAGCAGUUAGUCAAGCGCCACGUUGAAACGACUCAUUUGCGUUAUAAGCCAUUUGUAUGCGGUGUUUGCAGCAAAGGUUUCCCCCAGAAAACUUCGCUUGAUACUCACAUGCACGGACACACUGGAUCUACGCCGCACGCAUGCCGGUAUAAUUGUGGGAUGUGGUUCAAGGAUCCAGCACGUAGACACAGACACAUGGUCGACGAGCAUCAAUACGUUCCAAGACAGUCCAAGAAGAAGCAUACGAACGGACAGCCUCAAGACACUUUGGACUUCGAAUCUGUACAACGAUGGAAUGUCGCCGGUGCCCCUUAGUGCCUCGCCCCUUCUUGAUGCAUGUCAGCAUUAAUGUAAGCCAAUGUCAUUGGCUGUCAUAUAUCGCCGUGAUGUCGGCGUCCAAUAUAUCAUGUCUACUG